CGAUGGGAACGUUAGCGAGAAAAUGCUUCCUAGUGAAAACCAGUGCUCGGUUGUUGGCACGGCGUUCCCAGGCUCAUCGAAUAGGUUACGCAACCGAUGCUAAAUUUGAGCACCUGAAAACCGGACCAUCAUUGCAGCACUUUCUGGCUGGUCCGCCAAAGGAACCCCUUUACAUUGCAUCCAGGGCAGAAAAUGUCCCCUACGUGCCGCAAGAGGUCCUCAAAGGGCAGAAACGGAAGGUGUUCUUCGAAGUGUACGGAUGCCAGAUGAACACAAACGACACGGAAAUCGUGUGGUCGAUAUUGAAGGCUUAUGACUACCGGCGAACCGUCCAACUGAAGGAUGCCGAUGUGGUACUCCUGAUGACGUGCGCUAUCCGAGAAGGGGCGGAAGAUACGGUGUGGAACCGCCUAAAGCAUCUACGGUUGGCGAAAUCGAAGCGAGAAACCGACGGAAAGCCAAUGCUGCUCGGUGUGCUGGGCUGUAUGGCGGAACGGCUGAAACAACGGCUGGUCGAGAAGGAACAGUCCGUGGACGUCGUAGCGGGACCGGAUGCGUAUAAAGAUCUUCCCCGGCUGCUCACCAUCGGACAGAAGGGCCAGAAGGCAGUCAACGUGUUACUAUCGCUCGAUGAAACGUACGCCGAUGUGGUUCCGGUGAAGCUGGAUCGCAAAUCGAAAACGGCCUACGUCUCGAUCAUGCGCGGAUGCGAUAACAUGUGCACGUACUGUAUUGUGCCGUUUACAAGGGGCAAGGAGCGAUCUCGCCCUCUGCCGUCGAUCAGCGAAGAAGUGCUCAAGCUGGCGAGUGAAGGCAUACGGGAGGUUACCUUGCUGGGACAGAACGUGAAUAGCUACCGUGAUACCAGCACCAUAGGGCCAUCGGACCCUAAGGAUGUUUCUCUAUUGGCGCCCGGUUUUCGAACCGUUUAUAAAACGAAAGUUGGAGGCCUCCGGUUUGCAGAGCUGCUCUCGGAGCUGGCUGAAACGGUGCCGGACGUUAGGAUUCGGUUUACGUCACCGCAUCCGAAAGAUUUCCCGCGCGAUGUGCUGGAAACGAUCGCGAGGUACCCGAACGUGUGCAGCAGCUUGCAUCUGCCGGCUCAAUCCGGCAGCACGACGGUGCUGGAACGGAUGAGACGAGGCUAUUCUCGUGAAGCUUAUUUGAGCCUCGCGAUGGAAGUGCGGAAAGUGAUUCCCAACGUGACACUCUCGAGCGACUUUAUUUGUGGGUUUUGCGGCGAAACGGAAGCCGAGUUUGCCGAUACGAUAUCGCUGAUCGAGCAGGUGGGCUAUCACGCUGCGUUUCUGUUUGCGUACAGUAUGCGCGAAAAGACCACAGCCCACCGGCGGUACAGCGACGAUGUUCCGGACGAGAUCAAACAGGAGCGUUUGCUGCGGAUGAUUGCGGCGUUUCGCCGGGAGGCAAAGCGGCUAAACGAAGAAUUCGUAGGUCGAACGGAGCUGGUUCUCAUUGAAGGAUACAGCAAACGGUCCCGGGCCGAUCUGGCCGGGCGUAACGAUGGAAACGUGAAGGUAAUCGUUCCCGCUGGCCCGAUUGCUUCAAGUCCGCAAUCACCGUCGAACGGUUGGUUGCGAUCGGUUGGAGUCGGUGACUACAUUGCGGUGCGAAUUACUGCGGCCAACUCACAGAUACUGAAAGGAGAACCGUUGUAUCACACGACCAUUACGGAAUUUUAUUCAAACAAUGGAUAAUAAAAACAGUU